AGAAGGGGGGAGGGUUAUUUAAAAGACACCGGGCGUCAACCACUCCAAACAGUCUCAGCCCCACGAGAAGCACAGAGCAUCGUCAUAGUAUCACACAGACAGAGAUGGAUUCUUACUACAGAGGCCCCUUGUGGUUCAUACUCAUCAUCUUCACACUUCCCCACCUCACCUGCAACAGGGUCUGCCCCAGCAGCUGCCUGUGCAUCAUUACGGGAGCCGUCCAGUGUGUUGGCCACAACAUCACGGAUAUACCAAAGCAGCUGCCGGCUAACACAUACCUGCUGAACCUCAUCAACACAGACAUGAAUGUCAUAAAUGAGCGGAGCCUGGAAAACCGGGACCUCAUGUUGCGUUUCAGUCUGACUUACAGCCAUCUACACACAAUCCAUCCCCUGGCCUUCCACGUCGCUCCGCAGCUCUUGUCUGUCAAGCUGUCUUCCAAUAAUCUCUCCGCCCUUCCUGCCCAAGUGUUUAGUCCACUGACGGUGCUGGAGCAGCUGCAUAUUAAUGGAAACCUUUUGGAGACCAUUGCUCCAGAAACAUUUAACGGACUUGGUGGGUUGCAGAUUCUGGAUCUAAGCCGCAACAGACUGACGAAUCUUGUUUCAGAUGUUUUCGAUGGACUGACCAACCUCACCUUUCUGAACCUUGGCAGGAACUCCAUAAAGAGGCUUCCACCUUCCGUCUUUCACUCCUUGACCCAACUUCGCCACCUCUAUAUGUAUAACAAUGAGCUAGAUGUUCUAGAAGCUGAGAUGUUCGAUGAACUCGUCCAUCUUAAGUACCUGAAAAUUCACCAGAACCAGAUUGCCAGCCUUCCACCCCAUGUGUUCUGGUCCCUGAGGAACCUGAAGAAUCUCACUUUAUCCUCCAACCAACUUCAGGUUAUCCCAGAAAAAAGCUUCUAUAACAUGCCCAAGCUGACCCAGCUUACCAUUUACAAAAACCCGUUGCUUUCUCUUCCAUACCAGCUGAUGGGUCACAUGCCUGAGAUGAUAGAAUUUUAUAUUUAUUAUACUAAUCUCACAACAGUUCCUGGAAAUUUAUUCACUAACAUGUCUGGCCUGCUGAGGCUUAACCUCCAUUUAAAUGACAAACUGAACGAGUUGCCCUCAGACCUUUUCUGCUGUCUUCCCAACCUUCAGAAGCUCUCGCUGAAAUCCAACAACCUCCGUUAUCUACAUCCUCAGCUGUUCUCCAAACUAACCACACUGAGCGAACUGUUUCUUAAUGACAAUAAGCUGCACAAUCUACCGGAAGACAUUUUUCAAAGCCUUGGACAGCUCUUGACGAUUGAUUUGAAGAAUAAUCACCUCAACACUCUUCCACAAGAUAUUUUCUUGUCAAAUGAACUUUUGAAUGCUCUUUCUCUGAGUGGAAACCCUUGGGAGUGCACGUGUAGUAUCAGAGGUAUUUUAAAAUGGAUUAGACGCAAUGAACAUGUUGUCAAUGACACAGAGAAUGUGAUAUGUCAUAGUCCGAUGUACCAACUGCUCCGUACGUUAGGCUCUCUGCGCGAUGAGGAGUUCAACCUUUGUGAAGCUGCAAGUUAUUUCCCUACACAGAAUGUCUUGCAUGAGCCAACACAACCUUUCCACUCUACUUUCACCAGUGGACGAAGAUCAGCUUCAAUAACCCCACCACCCGGAGCGCCAUCAACCACCACCACCCAACAAGUCCUCACCCCAGCAACUACCAAACCUGCAACAAUCGCUCUACCUUAUGAAGAGCUUCCCCUCAUUAAUGAGUCUCACUUGAAUUAUCAAGCAUCACCUGUUUUCUAUGACGUACUGGUGAUUGAGCAAGGGCCUGAGUUUGUUCACCACAACCAUCACAGGGGCUGGGUGUAUCUGUGGUUUCUGUCAUCAGAUCCAGCCUGGGCUGGGUUCCUCAUGUUUUGUCAUAUCCUUCUCGUGACCACAGGCUUGUUCCUCAUUCUUGCUGCCAUGUAUGGCAUGUAUCGCCUCAACAAGAUCCUGGAAAAGCUGAAGGCUGAGUGUGCACAUAAUGACAUGCAAAACAUGUUAUCAGGCAUAGUGCAUGAGAGACCAAGAUAAACUGUCCCUUUCCACACGCUGCAGGCCAUAAAAGAUUACAAUUGUUUUUGCUUUUAUUGAUGUUGAUUUAGUUGUGUUACUUUAGGGCAGUUUGACUUGAAAUAUGGGAUUCAAACAGGUAGUAAAAAAAGCUAUAGCUGAAGGUAUUUUAAGAUAACAAAUGAAGUGUGGUAAGAUAAUACAAUAAAAUAAUAUUAUAAUCUCUCAUCAGAGAUUUGUGCGGAUGUAAAUCAAUAUUUUUCACAAAUGAUUUGUUCAUAAUUUUAUAUGAAUUUUGUAAAAGAAAGUUAUCAAAAAAUGUUCUUGCAAAAGUGCCAAACAUGAUCUGACUGCAGCUUUUCAAAUGUUCUGCUUUUCUUUGUCAUGUAUGCUAAUAAAUUACAUUUCUUUGGCUUUUGGGCUGUUAGUUGGACAAAUUGGGAACAUCACCUUUUACUAUUUAAUCAAUUAAACAAUCAAUGUAUUUAUCUGAAAAAGUAUUAACCACAUUCAUCAAUAAGGAAAAUAAUUAGUUGCAGCCUUGAAUUUUUGCAUUAAAAUGAACAUUUAACAUUUUUUUUUUUUUAAAGAUUUAUAACUUACAGCAUGUGCAAGCUUUUGCUUUUAAUGACGGGAAACCUUAGAGGGAAAUGUUAAAUGUUAAGGUGAUUUGUUUCUCUCUAGUGGUUCAAGCAUCAAACUGCAUGAAGAGAGGUCACAUUGCAUUUAUCACAUGCCAUCAAGCUACGUCAUGAUGAUAUCAUUCCUGCUUAUCCUGUCAGUAAUUACAAGUACAUUUUGUGUGUGUGAGUCUGUGAUCAAUUUGAAUCUGACUAUGAUCAUAUGUUACACUGAGAUAAAAAACAGUAUCAGUAUCAGUAUUAUAAUGGCGAUGGUUACAGUCAGGAAUAAAAUAUCUUUUGGUCUUA